ACAAAGACGACGAGGAAGAGCAGGAGGAACGCGAUAUCGCUCGUGCGUUGCGUGUUCCCUGCAAGUUUUUGAAAACCAGUCGUUGCUGUACCCUGCCCUGUGAACCACAUUUUCGGUUCUUUCAGCGUGAUGGCUAACCCAGGCCUGUUGACGGAGCACCAGCACCUGAUGGAGGAACUGAAGCAGAUGAUGGGAGCUGGCGAGCGGGUAGGCCCGUCUUCGACACCCCUCAAGGGAAUCCUCAAGAACACGGCCUCUAGUCCACUGGUGACCAGGGUGCCUCAGAAGCCAUCAACACCACCACCACCACCACGCUCUGCGGCAGUCACCAUUAUGCCCACGAGAACGCACUCGUCUCCUACUAGCAGUCCAAAGAGUCAUGAGCAGCUACACGUACAUGUUUCAGUGAACUGUUCUUGCGAAAGACCGCCAACGACAGAGGCCUCCACUCAGACGCCAGACGAUAUCCCUCGCAAGGUGACCUUCAACGAAACUCCGCAGCGUACUUGCAGACGACAUCUGGCAGCUAGUCACUCGGACCACUUCCAGUGUGGCCGCAUAAGUCCUGUGAAGACAUACGAAGAAAGAGCGCCGUCACCGCAGAGUCGUAAAACCAGUGGACAACUAAAGCCGGGCAAGAGGGGCCGACGUCGAAGUAUUGAAGAAGUUCUGAGCAGAGUCCGGGACACACUGCUAGAAGUCCUCGAAGACGCGACCCCAACGGAAUUCAUUGCAGCAACACCGCAAUCCCGAUGGAACUGUGCAAUCGGUCUACUUGAGAGCCUUACGGAGUUCAGAGAUGACGGCGAUGAUGAUUCUCUGGGUGUUGGCGUUUUGGACCUCACGCCAGUAAAAGAAGACUUGACGGUGGAGCAACCUGAAAAAGAGCGGAUCCAGCCACGGAGUAGCCCCAACCUAACCGCCAACCGUUGCGACAGUUCAGAAGCACUCGUCAUGUCGAACUCGAACCCUGCAGUGCAAAGGACAGAACUGGUCACUCCACCUCCGCAAGCCGCACGUCUGGCCUUCGACUGUAAUGCUGAAGUUCGCAAGAUCAUCAACGAUCACCUAAGUUACAUCGCCCAGGAUGUGGAGGCACAAUGGGAUGAAACCUGCGUGCAACUGCGCAACGACUUUGGUCGCAGGUACCGCCACUUCGUGGAAGACUGCCGUCAAUGCCUCGCUGAAAGCAGGACAACUGACCACGAGCAGCUUCGUCAAGAGAUCCUGGAGGCGCGGCGCGAACUACUGUCGGAGCUGAAAGCGUCCUUCAGACUGACCUGUCUCCGAUUCGAGACUUGGUGGAAGGACUACAUCCAAAGAGAGGUACACGAGUCUCAAAGGUUUCUCCGUAAAGGCAAAGGCUACAGGGUCCUUGCCGGAGUGCUCAAAUACGAGAUCAUGGACAGUAUCGCGGACAUCGAAGCCGCCACGAGGAGGAAAGCGGCGGAUCUGUGGAAGGAAUUAGUCGCUCAACGGAAUGUGUCAUUCGAAGCUAUGCUUCAGGACAUGUGUACGUAGAGGCUGUGUCAAAGGCCGGUGCGAAUAAAUUGUAGUAUUAUGAUUUGGAA